CACGGUCGUAACCAGAGAAGCUGUGCAGUGACAAAAUGGCAAUGGAAUGUUGCUGCAAGAAGUGAACUUGUGAAGUGUUGUCGUUACAUUUUCCGUGGAAUUUCGCCUAAAUUUUCACUAAAUGUGGCCUACAAAUAACAUUUAAUAUAUAGUGAAUCGUGUCGGUGUUUGUGUGUGUUGGUUUUGGAUCAAUUUGUGCGGUUUCUUUGCGAAUUAUGUACCAUAUACUUUUAACAAUAGGUUAGGAGAUAAUGUAAUAUAUACAACUAUUAAGUAUACGUACAGUGGGUUCUAUUAUCUUGAAUAUAAAUCUCAAAAGUAAAAGAACGCGAAAGUAUAGGAUCAAUUCAUAAUUGAUUUUCCAAGUUAUUUCAUAUUUAUUGAUGAAGUUUUACAGGUAUCCGGUUGGUUUGUUAGUCAUGUAAACGGUGUCCAUGUCUCUAAAGAUUAUAAUCGAGUGGUGUACGCGGUGGCAACACUAACGACGGGGACGUUAUCAGUUAGACGACCACCCUUAGUGGCGGCGUCUACAUCAAUUAGAAAACCCUCAUCCUCGGCGGAGGAGGCAGCAUGACGAUGACAACCAGAUGGCAAUGUUGUGAACCCAGCCGGCUGCUUCUGCACGCCGUCAUUUUCUUAGCCUUCACUUGUCAUUGGUUCGCACUAGCAACAAUGCCAGGAGCAAGCAACGCCAAAUUUUAUACAAUUUAUUGGAAUUCGUCGAACCCCAUUUUUCGCAUCGACAAUACUGACAAUGUAAUUGACGUUAAUCGAAAUAACGUUAAAUUUGAAUAUGAUCAGGUCGACCUAAUUUGUCCGGUAUAUUCGCCUGGCACACGGGACGAAGAAAUAGAAAAAUAUAUAAUUUACAACGUUUCCAAAGAAGAAUACGAAACGUGUAGGAUAACGAAUGCCAAUCCUAGGAUAAUAGCGGUUUGUGAUAAGCCAUAUAAACUUAUGUACUUUACCAUAACUUUUCGACCGUUCACCCCACAACCUGGAGGAUUAGAAUUCUUGCCGGGUCAAGAUUACUACUUCAUUUCCACAUCUACAAGCGAUGAUCCCCAUAGGAGGAUAGGAGGUCGCUGUACAACCCACAACAUGAAGAUAAUUUUUAAAGUGUGGGGACCUCCAUCAACACCCGCAACAGCUGUCCCCCCUCCAAUAACGGCGAAACCAUCUUGGUGGUCCGUACCAUCACCACGUACCACCACGUCCUCAACAACUUGGACGACUCCAACCACGGUGUCGUCAUCUACUACCACUAAGAAGUCUAAGACUUACAACAAACAUCCCAACGAAGUAGUGAAAAGUGAAGAAUUGACACUGGGAGGUGGUGCACCCACCGCCACCAAUUUAAUAGUGGUCGCGUGCUUGGCGGCGUUAUUUAUACGAUGAAAUUUUUGAUUAAUUCCCGAAAUUCGAGCUCAGAACCCUUCUGAGUAUAAACGAUAUAAAAAAAAUACUUGACAGCUCCUCAUACAAUAUAUAUAUAUAUAUAUAUGAAAUUUCCGAACAUACCGCGCCUGUUGGUUUUUUGGAUUAUAUUUCUGAGUAUAUCAAUAAGACUUUAUGUGUUCUGAUACCCCUUGCCGUAGGUUAUGACUCUUAUUAUGACCUAAAGUUAUUCUAAUUUAUAAACAAAAUUUGAGAUCCAUCGAUCGUCUAGGUACUUAUUGCGGCUCUAAAGAAUUGAUUUAAUAAAUACAAAAUUAUUUAUUGAAUUUGUAUAUAUGUAAGGCCUAAGCUGUGUGAAUAGUUAAUUUUAUAUUACAUCUGAUGAAUGUGUUUUGAGAAAGUUCAAUAAAUUUUCACAGUAUAGCAAACGUCAUAUGUCCAGCAUUGUUUGAACGUUUUGAUGAAUACAUUAUUAUUUGUCUCAAUAAGUUAUUAGAUAUCUGUGAGAGUUUACCAUAAUGAUGAAAAAAAUAAUAUUCUUUGACAACUAUAAAAAUUUGGAAAGUUGCAACCAUUUUUUUUAAACCAGUUCUUUGGAUAGCUGUGAUAUUUCCAAGAUGCCUUAGGCAAAAACCCUGUAUAUAUAUUUGGUAACUAAUUCGUAAGGUAAAUUAUUUUUAGUCAUUGGAAUUUUACAAUUCCUAAUCUUUUAUUGAGACAUUUUACAAUGCAUUUCUCUAAUAUUAUGCCUAAUGUUAUUGUCAGGGUUGGUGUCAUUCUACAAAAACAGAUAUUUAUUUAAACUAAUUUUUAUCUCUAUUUAUAUCAUCAAAAUGUAAAUAUUGUUACACUCUUUUCAAUACUUCAAAAUAAUAUAGUUAUUUUUAAUUACCAAACUUGCUUAAGGAUAAAAUAACAUUUUUAAGUAUAUUAACAUGCAAUUUCAUUGUGCAGGCAAAUUUCCUAUUGUUGCAUUCCAUGAUUUUUCACCCCUCAAAGAUGUAUUGUGUUCAAUGGCCAUUUCCAGGAAACUUUUUGCUUUUCAAAAAUCCACUUCCCCUUAAUAAUAUUUGUAAAAAGCGUUUUUAAAUUAAUGUUUAGUAAUUGUGAAAAAUUUCAAUACUUCCUCGCAUUUAUUAUAUUUAUAAUAAUUGUAUAACAAUACAAGUCAUAAUUUUUUCAUAAUAUUUGUUAGAAAAAUUCCUCAUACAGUACAACCUAGAUAAAAUAAAGACCAAGGGCACCGUUAAAUAAUGUAAGUAAUGGAGGUUUUUACUUACUAAAGGUUUAAGUUUUUUUAAGGAGUUUUUAUUGGAUUAUAUUUUCACUUACAGAGGUUCGUUUAUGAGCUUUCUUUAGAACUUAUAGAGAUAGACGAGCUUGCAACACAUUGAUAGAAGAAACUGUAUUUGGCUCCAUAUCAGUUAUCAUUUUUUUACACUUCCUUUUCUGCAAAAAGGUUUUGAUAUUUUUGGUUAUAUCUUAAAUCAGCGUUCGAAUUUGUGAUCUUGUGUUUGCCGGCAUGUAUUGUAUGAAGAAAAUGUUUUUUUUUUCGGUAAUCAUUUAUUUGUCUAUUUUAAUAAGCUAUUUUUAAAAAAGUUCUCUAGCUAUCCAUGCUUUUUAUUGGUUUCAUAGUCCAGAGGCAAUGAUCUGCAGCUCGCAAAGUAACGAGAUUUCUUUAAUUUACCAAUAAUUAUUGGCUUGAAUUUCUCUUUACCUGUAGAAUUUGCACAAAGCAGAAUCUUUGGUCGUUUCUUGCUAUGACUCUCUCGAUGACAUUUUCCAUUUUUAAAUGUUAAUGUUUUGUCAGAAGGGCAUUUGAAAAAUAGUCCCGUUUCGUCAGCGUUAAAAACGUAAUGAAGGUCGUAUCCAUUAAAUAAACUUUCCAAUUGUCUGUUUCAUUCUGUGCAAAAUUCUUUACUUACACUUGCACUUUCAUGAAGGCCAGAUUACGUCGAUUUCUGAAAAUUUCCAUUCAACAAUUACUAGCAUUACUUGCAUACUCUUCAGCUUUUCUAAAUUUCUUUUCGAAAUUCAGCAAUUCUUCAUCUUUUACAUAAAAGCUUUCUCCCGAUUCUUGCUUUUUCAAUAAUUCAGGUGCGUUUUUUAUUAUGAUGGAUAAUGUAAUCUCAUAUAUUACAAACUGGGCUUUCCUAUUCAAACCACUUUUCACUGUUUCGAUCGCUUUCAACUUCUCAGUUGUUGGUGUUUUCACUUUUCGUUUUGAAUUCAUUUUCACUCACAGUGUGCAAAGAAAUGCUCUCGCAACAAAAGCUGAAAGCUACUGAUACAUACAUAUAAAUGAGUUAAUGUACUUAGACCUUAGAGUAUUUUGAAAUCAUUUGUUAAGCAUGUGUAAGCAAAAACAAUGGGAACAACAGGGAACCUUGCAUAUUCAAUAAUAACUAUAUUUUAAGUAAAAGAGUUUUUGGACUCACAUUUUAUGAAUUUAUAGAGGUAAUUACGUUGCCGAGGUUUAAUUUAUCAAGAUUUGCUUAUAUUUCAAACUAAUGUGGCGAAACUUGAAAUGCAUUAUACAGCUUCAAGUGUGCAUAUUGCAAUUAAUUAAUUAUUUGAUAUUUUUCAUGUGAUAAAUAGAAGCAACAUUAUUAUCUUGAAGUUUUGAAAACGUUAAAUUUUCGAACACUGUUUUUGUGUCUAGCAAUUUUGCUUUAAUGCAACGAUUUUAUUUAUUAGGUAUUACAAUAUAGACUGCUUUACAAAAAAGUGUGAUAUUCGAUACAACCCUGCACAUUUUAUAUUUUUAUUUUUGUCUUAUAUUAUUGCAAAUUAACUUACAAUUUCACAUAUAUAUUACUUUUAACAAUUAGUCUGCUUUAAAGAGGAUUUACAGAUAAUAGAGAUGACAAUCAUUCAAUAAACCAUUUAUUAGAAUGGUAUCAAUCACUGAAAUAUAAGUGUACUAUUAAAUAUAUUCUCUCAAAUAAAUGAAUACCUAUUUA